AUGGCGAUGGCGGCUACGGAGCUGAGUGAGGCAGAUGAAGGCGGUAGCAGCAGCUCCGUCAGUGUGGCCCUGCCGCUGGCCGUGGAGGCCGUGGCUGUGGAGUGGAUGCUGGAGUUCGCCUGCUCCUGUCUGUGCCGGCACUUCGCGGAGCAGAGCGGGCCGGAGUUCUGGCGGUGGAGGGACGUUGCGCAGGCUCUUAUUAAUGGCCUCUCUCAAAUACCUCCACAUCAGAAAAAAACAGUAUAUCUCUGCCAGCUUUUGAUAAGAAUUGCACAAGGAAAAAGCCUUGGAUUACAGUUUGAAAAUGGUCAAAAAAUUUCACCUUUGGAAUCUGCUCUGUCUUUCUGGACUUUACUUGAAAGGGAAGAAAUUAAACUAGCAAAACUUCAUGAAGAUAUUCGUCGCUUGAUUCAAAUUCAGAUUGUAGCAGUCCAUAUGGAAAACAGAUAUUUCAAGGAAGCUGCUGAAGUUCUUGAAAGGCUGUUCACAGACUCUGAAUCAGAUAAGCCUUUAAGGGUGAAGCUGGCAACUGUAAUUAAAACCAAGGAUCCAUAUGUUCCUCUUCUCCAAAGCUUCAGUUACAGUCUUUUGAUAAGUAAAGUCAAGUCUUACAUUGAACUUUUCAUGAAAGAAAAUGAAACUAACUUCUUAAUACAGGAAGCCACAAAACAUGUGGCAUCUAAAGGGUUGGAAGCAACAAUAUUGCAGAAGAGACCUGUGGAAGUCAAUGAAAAUUACAAAGGUGAUUUGAAAACAAAAAAAAGAUUGCUGAAAGAGGAACAGUAUAUCACAAGUCAGUCAUCUGGAGACAUUAAAAAACACACAGCAAGGAGACAUUCAGGAAAGAAACCCGAAAAGACCAGAGUUCUUCAGAGUCUUAACAAUAUGCAAAAUAUGGGAAAAAAAGAAGUUCCUUUGGCAUGUAGCCAAAGAAGACAGCGCUGGACUCAAAAAGAGGACUUGGAGCUGAAAUCGGGAGUAAAGGAGUUUGGAGUGGGUAACUGGGCCAAAAUUUUAGUCCAUGGUAACUUCAACAACCGAACAAGUGUCAUGUUGAAAGACCGGUGGAGAACAUUGAGCAAGAUCAAACAAAACUGAUUUGAACUACAGGAACCAACUCUUCUUAACCUUUCCCUACAUAAGGACCUACCCUGGCUUUAAAAAUAACAUCUUAUUUUAGUCUCAUAAUGUGCA